AUGGAAGAAAUCGCCCCCGAAUACGACCUGGUCGUGCUGGGCACCGGUCUGACAGAGUGCAUCCUGUCCGGUGUUGAGUCCGUCAAGGGCAAGAAAGUCCUCCACUUGGACCGCAACGACCAUUAUGGCGCCGAGGCAGCAUCCGUCAAUCUUGAGACCAUGUUCAAGAAGUACGGCAACUACCAGCAGGGCUCCGAGCCUUGGAAGAAGUACGGCCGUGCCAACGACUGGAACAUCGAUCUCGUGCCUAAGCUUCUUAUGAGCAACGGGGAGCUCACCAACAUCCUCGUCUCCACCGAUGUCACGAGAUACGUCGAGUUCAAGCAAAUUGCCGGCAGCUAUGUUCAGCAGGGCAGCGGCGCAAAGGCAACCGUGGCCAAAGUGCCCAGUGAUGCUGGGGAGGCGUUGAAGAGCCCUCUGAUGGGUAUCUUUGAGAAGAGACGGGCGAGGAACUUCCUGCAGUGGGUAGGCAACUUUGACGAGGCCAACCCAAGCACACACAACGGCAUGAACCUCGCUCAAACCACGAUGCGUCAGGUCUACGACAAGUUCGGCCUCGAACCCGGAACCCGCGACUUCAUUGGCCACAGCAUGGCUCUCUACACCACUGACGAUUACAUCGAAAGCAAAGGCGCGGCCAAAGACUGUGUCGAGCGUAUCCGACUCUACGUCAACAGCAUGGCCCGUUACGGAAAGAGCCCAUACAUCUACCCACUUUACGGCCUGGGCGAGCUACCACAGGGUUUCGCCCGUCUCAGUGCCAUCUACGGUGGUACAUACAUGCUCAACGCCAACGUGGACGAGAUCAAGUACGACGGUGGCAAGGUCUCAGGCAUCAAGGCAACAAUGAAAGAGCGAGGCGAAGAGGGCGAGGGUAUGAAGUUCGAGACCAAGUGCAAGAAGAUCAUUGGAGACCCAUCAUACUUCCCUGAGAAGGUGCGGGUAGUGGGACACUACCUCAAGGCCAUCUGCAUCCUGAAUCACCCCAUUGAUAAGACGGAUAAUGCCGAUUCGCUGCAGCUUAUAAUCCCUCAGUCGCAGGUUGGAAGGAAGCACGAUAUCUACAUCGCCAUGGUCUCUUCCGCACACAACGUCUGCCCCAAGGGUUACUACAUCGCCAUCGUCAGCACCAUCGCCGAAAGCAACGCGAACCAUCACCUCGAACUGCAACCCGGUCUCGAGCGUCUCGGCAAGAUAGAAGAGCAGUUCAUGGGUCCGCCAAUUCCAAUCUACGAGCCUCUCGAGGAUGGAACGAAGGACAACAUCUUCAUUAGCAAGAGCUACGAUGCCAGCUCACACUUCGAGACCAUGACUGAUGAUGUGAGGGAUCUGUACAGGAGGGCUGAGGGUGAAGCCCUUGUUGUCGCGGGCCUAAAAGAGGGGCAGAACUUGGUGGCUGAUGAGUAG